AACGGAUGCAAACCCGACAGCGAGGCUGCAAAGAACCAACUGUAUCAGCAAUCGUUUAACGGAUGGUCAGGGAAAGUGUCUGCAGUGAAAUUAGCUAUAGCAGGAUUCAGAUACCUGGGACCUGGAGACAAGGUUAUAUGUGACACGUGCGGACUAAAACUCUACAACUGGGAUGGCAGCGAGAAACCCACGGACGUGCACAAGUCUAACUCUCCUCGGUGUGAGUUCAUCAACAAGUGGUUUGGCGGUUCUGUCGUGUCGGAUUCUGUAAGAGUAGCACCAUCAGAGCCGCCUCCUGCUUUUCCUCAGUUCUCAGACAUCAGUUCUCGACUCGACUCCUUCGAAGGGUGGCCCCAAACCAUGACCCAUCAGUCGCCAGCGACUUUAGCUGCAGAGGGGUUCUACUACAUCGGGUCUGCGGACAGAACUCGCUGUUUUCAGUGCGGCAUUCGUCUGAGAGACUGGGAUGGAGAUGAUGACCCGUUCGACUGUCACAAGGAAUACGCUUCUGGCUGUUCGUUCAUCAAGCGCAGAGAGCUAGAGAGGCAGGGACAGCUGGAGAAGACAGAGGAAACUUCAAAGGAACACGCUGAGGGUCCAGAAAAUGGAAUCAGUACAUUGACUAUAGGUGAAGCUACAUCGGAUUUCAAAACCAAUAACAAUACGUCAAGUAACGAAGCGACAAACUCAGUGACACCCAAAGUGACAAACACAGUGACACCCAAUGUGACAAACACAGUGACACCCAAUGAGGCAUCAGCCGUCUCGGAAAGGCACACUGAUGUAUUUGAUGCACCAGCAGCCGGUGUAAACGUAGCGGAUAGUGGACAGUCGGAUAAGCGCAAUGUUGAUGACGUCAGUAGAAAUGACGUCAGUGAUGACGUGGUAAUCGACUGGCAAUGUCCCAAAGUUCUGGCAGUUCUGGAUUAUGGAUGUACCAAGGAGGAAAUUACGAAAGCGUUUAAACAAUAUGGGGGAGAUCAUUUGCGGGAUGCACAAUCAUUGUUGUUAGCCAUAUCGGACGCUUCAUAACAGAUUGAAACAUAAACAAACCAACAACAAAAAAGAAAAAAACUACAUAUGGCUAACUCACGUCGGCCUCAGGGUGCCAACACAUGGGACAAUAUUUCGAAAUCUGAGGUCACUGGAAGUCGGUUCAGGUGUUAUUUUUUACCUUGUUCGGUUACGUGAAUUAUAACUGAUCGGUUAUUUCAAAGUUACGUUCAUUUGUGAGGUUUUUCUUCACAGUUCUAGAAUAUUUUCAUUAACAAUAAAGUUCAGACAAGUAAGUAUCUAAAUACAAAACUUUACAAACCCUUAAAACCGUUAAUUUUACUAAGUUGUUUUUGUUUAUUCCUUAAAAUUACCGAUGUCGGGUAUACAUGACUCGUAGAAAUUGACUUAAAAUGGAUAAAAUCAAUUAACAUUCGGUGCAUGUCACAUAACCGCACACGUGCCGCCACUGAUUCUGGCAAUGUGUGGACCCAAUCUGUCGAGGUUUUUGAACAGGUGAACGGGUGAACACUUUCACUACUCCGUUAGAAGUGAUUAUUUUGACAGUAUGGUAAAUGUGUUGCAGCUAUUGACUUCAUGGAAUUGUUUCGUGCUGGGGUGUCGUUAAACGUUCGUUAGCUCAUCCAUCCAUUAAUGAAAAUGUUCUAGUGUUAUGGUGGAAGGCAACUACGGGAUCGCCGGGAGAAGAUGAAGUUAAAAGCUAAAAAAAACCCAAAAAACCCAACUAAAUUUAAUAUGACACGACUUUAAGCUAGACACAAAGUCUAACGUUAAAUAAAUGUAAUAGAACAGGAGACGAUGGUACCUGUCAAAUGUUUCGCGAGCGUUCGGCCUCCUGAACGCAGUGCCACAGAUCACAGAAAUGUUCAACAACUGAGGUGAUGGAGUUUGUGAUAAAA